AUACAUAAGCAUUCAUGUAUAAUUGCACUCUCGAAUAAUAAUGUUGUUUUAUUGGCAGGUGGGCUUCUUUUUCUUUGUCUGAUUGUAAAUGUGACCAUUAUCGCCAGUCCCACUCCCCUGACCAUCCUCAUCACGUCCACAGCAGAAUCUUUACCUGCUUUGCCUGCUGAUGAUCCUCCCGGCCCACAGGAGGCGUCUUAUUUACAACAGCCUCUAAAGGCAAAAGCUGUGGAAGGGGAGGAUGUGGUGUUUCCCUGUUAUUUAAAGAGUGAUGUAGAUGAAGGGGCUGUGGAGAAGGUGAAGUGGUAUGUGCAGAGUUUGGAGGGAAGGAGGAAUGUUCUACAAGGGAACGAGACGGUGGAGGAUGUGUUUGCUGGCCGUGUGUUUUUGUCUGGUGAUCUGUCUGAGGGAGAUCUAUCCAUGACACUAAGGAAUAUUUCUCUGGAGGAUCGAGGCCUGUAUUUGUGUGCCUUCAUAUCAACAAACUCAACUAUUCUUCAGGGAGGCGGGACCAAACUCAGCAUCCGCAAAGGACUGGGUGUGAUUGAAGAGUCUGUGGGCACUAUAAUCGGAAUCAUUGUGGCAGUUGUUGGUGUGGCAGUGGGGCUGGUUGCUGUGAUACUGACUCAAUUCAAGGACAAACUGAACUGCCUCCAGAAAUGACAUGGGGGAGACAGCUUUGGAGUAUGGAGGUUAAAAGUGCGAGGAGGUUACAGUAAAGGCCAAAGGAUCCACCCACCUGCACAAUACCAAGAGUGGCAGAAGUCACAGGAUCUGAGAAGUCACCACCAGGGGGAGACACACUGUAGAGAAAUGUCCAUUUCCAAAAGGAUCCCAAAAUGAGAGGAAAGAACGGAAACAUCUG